GUUUAGGUUAGCUCAGAAACAUUACCCGAAGUCUUUCGAUAUUCGUUCCCGAAAAAAAGUACCUCACAACUCGCAACACCUUGCCCUACGACGAGAACCGCCCAAUUGAUUCCCGCACAACGCCAUGGCGCCCCUCACGAUCGCUUCCCGCGCCCUCGCGCGAGGAGUGUCGAAGUCCUGCACCCGCGUCGCCGCCGCCCGCGCCCUCAGCACGACCGCACAGCGAAACGACGCCGCACACGGCGGCGGCGGAUCCUACUCCAGCCCGUUCAAGGGCGAGUCUAGCUCGACCAAGAUCCCGGACUUCGGCCACUACCUCAACAAGGGCAGCUCCAACACCAACCUGCUCUUCCAGUACUUCAUGGUUGGCACCAUGGGCGCCAUCACCGCCGCCGGCGCUAAGUCGACGGUGCAAGAAUUCCUAAAGAACAUGUCCGCGUCCGCCGACGUGCUGGCCAUGGCCAAGGUCGAGGUCGACCUCAACGCGAUCCCGGAGGGCAAGAACGUCAUCAUCAAGUGGAGAGGAAAGCCGGUGUUCAUCCGACACCGCACCGAGGAGGAGAUCAGCGAGGCGAACUCGGUCAACGUCACCUCGUUAAGAGAUCCCCAGGCCGACGAGGACCGUGUUCAGAAGCCCGAGUGGCUGGUCAUGUUGGGUGUCUGCACACAUCUAGGUUGUGUCCCCAUCGGCGAGGCUGGAGAUUUCGGUGGAUGGUUCUGCCCGUGCCACGGUUCGCACUACGACAUCUCUGGACGUAUAAGGAAAGGACCCGCUCCCCUCAACCUCGAGAUUCCCUCGUACGAGUUCCCCGAGGACGACAAGCUGGUCAUCGGUUAAGCGAGGUAGGGGGGAUUGUGUAUGUACAAUUAUCCAACCACAGUACACUACUAGACUGGCGGGUUUCGUGCCUCAUUACUUACCCACCUACCUUUUACCGCCGAGCUGGGGCGCUGGAUAUAGACGUAAUGGCAAAAGAUCAUGAGGUUGCGUGGCAUUCUUUAGAAGUUUUCCCUUGGCGCUGCCAUACUGUACAAAAACAAAUCAAAACUUGUCAAGCUUAAAGAAUCCCCGCCCGACUUUACUAUGACUUGUUUAUUAUUCAUGUUAAGCCGAUGGCCUCGUAUAUCAGAAAUAGCGGUCAACCUAUCUAACCCCUAUAUCUCCUACCUUCAUUGCGUACCUAGUAGUUUCGAGGUAGGCGGCUUAUCAAGCUUGGGCUAAGAGUUAUACAAAAGACAAGCAAGGAGAAGAUGAACUGUUCCUUAUCCCAGUGUAGUAACGCCUGGAUUUAAUUAGUUCAUCGAAGAUCUCGAUGGAACAUGGAUCAUUUAUAAUUACCUCUGUUAGGCUAUAUGAGU